AUGAUGUCGUCGCCUUUGAAGAACGAGCCCGAGGCUGUGGCGGACAGGGUGCUCAAAAGGGCGGAAAUCAGCAAGAUGGCCCGCAGGCUCCAAAACCGGCUCGCCCUCGCCCAGUUCAAGACGAAGCACAACUUGGUGAACGAGACGCUGGACAUGAUCGAGCCAAAAUUUGAGGAGCUUCGCCGGCGACGAGUGCAAGACGGCGACAUGUUGUCCGAUUCGUCCUCGAGUGCUUCUGAGCUCCCAUACCCCUCUCGGACGCUCAUGAGCUCGCCGCUCAAGGCCCCCCUAUUUUCGGAUGCCAUUGGGUCCAGCAACGGUAGCACCGGGCACAGGAAGAGGACCUACAUGGCCUCGUUUGACGAUAUCUCUUCAAGCCCGAGCAAGCGAUUCCGCCAGUCGCCCACCGCUCACAGGUCGUUUUCCGCCCACCACUUCACACACUCCUCGCCGAUAAAACCGAGGCGCCAGCAGCAUUUCACAACAUCAACGGGUCCUGAUCUGUCGUUCUACUCCACCUCGGGCCAGGUUGGCACCACGCUUGCGGUGACGAACUAUGCGGCUAAUUCGGAUGACGAGGACGACCUGCCUAUCCAUUCAUUCCAUGUCAACCAUGUCCGGGUCUCCCCGCCGCGCACACCGCCGAUGCGGAGCCGCAGCUUGAUGAAGAAGCCAAGAGACAGGCAGCCGAUGAAUGAAACCAAGUCCGGCGAGGAAGGUGCGGACCUUCUGUUGUACCUUGCGGCAUCACCCUCACCCGCCAACCCGCAGAGGAACCGGAUGGACCCUCCGUCGACACCCCCUCCAAAGAACAAGCUGGCCUUGCCGUCGUCCAUGAUGACCACCCCUGGCGGCGGUAAUCCUUACCCAGCUACACCUGGCCUCGGCUUCGACUUUGCCGAAUUCCUCCAUAUGACCCCCAGCCCAGCACAGAAGCCGUGGAAGACUCCUCUGACAGGGAAGACCCCGCGCAGUGUGGCCCGGAGACGCCUUACAUUUGACGAUAUCCCUUCAUGA